UAGCUGCAAAAAUCACUUGGGUUUGUUCUGAUGUAUCCCAUGUUAGGUCCUAUCGCCGGAAACACCAGUUAUCCUAUCCUCGUUAUAGGAAGCAUGGCUGAUCCCGUUACUCCCUCGCUAUGCAAAAAGACGUCCAGCACAUUCCCCGGCUUCGUAGUCCUGACUCAAAACUCAUCGGGGCACGCAUCCCUAGCCGCUUCUUCAGCAUGCACGCACACGUACGUUCAAGCGUAUUUUCAAAACGGCACUCUGUCCGAAGAAGGAACGGUUUGUGAAGUCGAGUCUGAGCUGUUUCCAAACAUGACUGGCAGUCAACGGCGUUCUUUCCUUGUUCGCAAAUGA